AACGCAGCAUCAACUGCCACACAAAGUAGGCUAAUUCCAAAACAGGAAGUCAUAUUAUUUACCUGAAUACCUGACUGCACCUGCAUGCUCAUACCAAUGUCGUCCACGAGGACCUAUUAAUUAAUGGACAGGUAGCCUACAUUUUUACUUUGAAGAAGACAAGGAUGAAGCGCUUCAGUUCAUCAAAAUGUGUAUCUUUUCUGACGACAGAGAGAACCCCCCAUCCAGAGAACAUCCACAUCUCCUCACUACCUCCUAGUAUUCCUAUAGACCAGGAGCCAACGCAUGGAGAAGGAGACAUGGCACAGGGGAAAGCAGUUGAGACUACACAGACACAGCGAGGAGCCCCCUCUGUCUUUCCAGAGGGCCAGAAUGGGGGAACUGAUGUAUCUAGUACCUAUUUUCACCACAAGGUCCCCAUUCCAGAUGAUGACAGUCAGAUGUGGUUCAGUUUCCGUAAGCUAUGGGCCUUCACAGGACCUGGGUUCCUGAUGAGCAUCGCCUACCUAGACCCUGGAAAUAUAGAGUCAGACCUGCAGUCAGGUGCUAAAGCAGGAUUCAAGCUGUUGUGGGUUCUUCUGGGAGCCACCAUCAUUGGUCUGCUGUUGCAGAGGCUGGCAGCCAGACUGGGUGUGGUCACUGGGAUGCACCUGGCAGAAGUCUGCAAUCGCCAGUACCCCACCGUGCCACGCAUUGUUCUGUGGUUGAUGGUAGAGCUGGCCAUCAUAGGUUCAGACAUGCAGGAGGUCAUAGGUUGUGCCAUUGCAUUCAACCUCCUCUCCUCUGGCAGGAUACCUUUGUGGGGGGGUGUUCUCAUCACCAUCAUUGACACAUUUGUGUUCCUCUUCCUGGACAAGUAUGGUCUGAGGAAACUUGAGGCCUUUUUUGGGGUCCUUAUUACAAUCAUGGCCAUCACCUUUGGAUAUGAGUAUGUGACUGUGCGUCCGGACCAGGGGGAACUGCUCAAGGGGAUGUUUAUGCCGUACUGUGAAGGCUGUGGUCCUGUGCAGCUGGAGCAGGCUGUGGGCAUCGUAGGGGCUGUCAUAAUGCCCCACAACAUCUACCUGCACUCUGCCCUCGUCAAGUCUCGACAGAUUGACCGUUCCAGUAAGAAGGAGCUCAAGGAGGCCAACAAAUACUUCUUCAUUGAGUCGACCAUUGCACUCUUCCUCUCUUUCCUCAUCAACGUAUUUGUGGUGGCUGUCUUCGCCGAGGCUGUCUAUGGACGCACAAACAUUGAAGUGCAUGACAUCUGUAAUGCAACUGGUAUUCUUCACCUAGAUCUGUUCCCCUUGAACAAUGAGACACUGCAGGUGGACAUCUACAAAGGCGGAGUGGUUCUGGGCUGUAUUUUCGGCCCUGCAGCACUAUAUAUCUGGGCUGUGGGCAUCCUGGCAGCAGGUCAGAGUUCAACCAUGACCGGGACCUACUCAGGACAGUUUGUCAUGGAGGGCUUUUUGAACCUGCGCUGGUCCCGUUUCUCCCGGGUGCUGCUGACCCGCUCCAUCGCCAUCACGCCCACCCUGCUGGUGGCCAUCUUCCAGGACGUCACCCACCUGACUGGCAUGAACGACUUCCUGAACGUGCUGCAGAGCAUGCAGCUGCCGUUUGCUUUGAUUCCCAUCCUCACUUUCACCAGUUUAUCCUCCCUCAUGAGUGAAUUUGCCAAUGGAUUAUUUUGGAAGAUUGGGGGAGGAGUUGUGAUCUUGUUGGUGUGCUGUAUCAACAUGUACUUUGUAGUCAUCUAUGUGACCUCUCUGAACAGUGUGUGGCUGUACGUGUUGGCUGCUUGUCUCUGCAUAGCAUAUUUGGGAUUUGUGGGUUACCUGACGUGGUUAUGUCUGAUAGCGCUGGGUGUGUCCUGUCUGGAUGUCACCUGCCGGGUCAGGGACGACACCACGGUUCUGAUAGAGCAGCAGCCAGAGUUUGACUCCUGAGCAUGGUUCCUUCCUGAAUGUGUGAUUGUGUGUGAGGCUAUGGGAGGAGCCUUGGGAUAUUUUGAAGGUGCUACUGUACAGAUUGUAAGAUUUGUUUACAAUUUUGAAAUGACUAAUGUUCUGUAAUGAUAUUUGCCUUUAUGACAAUUGUUAUUUAAGGAAUAUGCUUGAAUUAAAUAACAUUUAGUAUGGUACAUUUCAUUAAUUAUUUCACUUUUGUAUGUGUUGAAUUUUAAGAUAAUUGCCAUAUUAAUGAUCAUACUAGGACAUUGAUUUGUGAGGAAUUUAGAAAAGGAUUGUGAAAUGGUACUGUACACUGUAAAUGUCAAUAUCUAUUUACUCUGAAUUAAUUACACCCUGAAAUUGUUAAAAAAUGCAAAUAAAUGCUCCCAUUUUUUUAUGUGGUCAAUGAGAUCUACCAUGGAAAAAAUGGUUUCAUAA